AUGGAUACGUCAGAUUAUAAUUCUAAAAUACAAGAACUUUUGUCGGAUGCAAGUACGUAUAAAAAGGUUAAAAAUGACCCAACAAAUAACACACUUAAAACAACUAGUGAUCUCAUAAAGAAACACUCCGAAAAAUUAAAUCUAGACUUAAAAUCGAUAAUACCUACGUGUGCUAAACCACCGAAGUUGUAUGGGUUACCAAAAAUACACAAGCCCAAUGCUCCACUACGUCCUAUAGUGAGCCAAAUCGAUUCACCAACUUACAGAUUGGCUCAAUACUUAGCGAAUAUACUCUCACCGCUCAAGGGACAUACAAGAGCACACACAAAGGAUUCCUACCAUUUUGUCAGCGAGAUUAAAGACCUACAUCUGGCAGACAAUGAAACUAUGGUGAGUUUUGAUGUGCAGUCUCUGUUCACAUGCCUACCUGUUGAAGACUGCAUCUCGAUUGUUACUAGAAGGCUAGAGGAAAACAACAUGCCCGUAGAAUAUGCAGUAUUACUCAGACACUGCCUUACAUCUGGCUACCUAUUGUGGAAGGAGGAGUUCUACAAGCAAGUAGAUGGAGUGGCGAUGGGCUCACCUGUAUCUCCCAUUGUUGCCGAUAUAUUCAUGGAGGACUUUGAGGAGAAAGCCCUGCUUACUUCUCCCAUAAACCCAAGAUUCUACAAGCGGUACGUAGACGACACUUUCACAAUUCUACCUUUAGAUAAAGUAACUGCAUUUAUAGACCAUCUUAACUCCUUAAAUUCUAAAGUUCAGUUCACAAUGGAGUUAGAGGCAAACAAUUCUUUAGCUUUUCUAGAUGCAUUAGUAAUUCGGAAUCCUGAUAACACCUUGAGCCACACUGUGUAUAGAAAGAAGACCCAUACAGAUAGAUAUUUAAACGGUGAUUCUCACCACCAUCCUUCACAGUUAGCUACCGUGGGUAAAUCUUUGUUUCAGAGAGCACGAGGGAUCUGUGACAGUAAACACCUGGCCGCCGAGCUCCAACACGUCAAGCAAGUUUUGCACGACAAUAAGCUUCGGGUCCCGCGCCUACGUGUGAACGAGUGA